AUGCCCAAAGUCGAUAACAGCGCCCUAGCUUCAAAACCCAUCCCUCGUGACAGAUUCACCAUGUCCGCCUCUGUCCUGACGAUACCCGAAUACAAGGAAGGACAAGAACAGCCAGAUGUGGAGUGGCGAUCUUGCGUGUCCUAUGACACCGAUGCGGAUUCUGUUCUUCCGGAAAUUCCUGAGAAGUUUGGCGAUUUGAUCGCAGUAGAGGCAUUGGCUUCUCGAGAAGAAAAGACUCUAGAGACUGUAGAGUGGAGCAUUGUAACAAAGAGCAAGGAGGAGGAGGAGGAGGAAGAGGAGUAG